UGUUAACAUCAACUGCAACGUUUUUUUUUUAAUUGUUAUUCGAUAACGAAUAUUUUGAAGGUAAUUAUUAUUAUAUUUGCAUAUUUUGUUUACAAGAUUAAACUAUAAUAGAACUAGACUACAAUCAAAUACUUCAGAUAUCUAUAGUAUUUGCUAAAAUUGUCAUACACGUUUAGUAUGAAUCUGCAACUUGUAAAGAUUGUUUUGCAAUCAUUAACCUAAUUUUAUUUAAUAAUAUUGUAUAAGUAAUCAACGAUUUUGUAAAAAUUGUACUUUGGGGCAAUACCGAUUGUUUAUUGGUUUUUAUAAUGCGUACCUAAUCGUUGAUAUCUAUUUUAGGUUAGGUUAGGUACCUGCCAUAAUAUGCAUUGCCCCAUUACAAACAGAUAUUGCUCCGGUAUCGGUAUCGGGGCAAGACCGAUAAAAUGUUAAAAAAUAAAUAUGAAUGAUAUUCACUGUAUUGCAAUUAAAUAUUGUAAAGAAGAAGUAAACUAACUUAAUACAACUGAAAAAAGAUUAAGUAUAUUUUAAGAUCCUGAAUAAUUAUGAAGGUAUUUAUUUUUCCAGUAGGUACAAAUAUUCACAGACAUUCAAUUUUGUCAGAAAACUUAUAUUUGCUUCUUCUAGUAGUGGUAAAAUUUUUAAAACAUGUAUAGUCAAACUCUGUUCAUAAUCGUUUUUUUUUUUAACAAUGAUUAAUCGUUGCGUACAGAUGUAAAUUAAACUCCCAUCUACAUCCUACAUUCCCAAAUCCCAAAUUCCCACCUAUGAUAGUCGUGGCACACCAAUCCACUGUAUCAGCUAUUUAUAUUUUUCAUGUAAAUAUAAAAAUAAAGGUUAGUCGAGUAUUUAGCUAUUUUCGAUUUUGACUUACUAAAAUGUUAUAUUAUUAAUCUAAUAUUUUUUACACGCACGGUAAUAUUGAUCGCAAAGUCCUUGAGAUGACAACUGAUUUUCGAAGACAUUACCAGCAUAAUAUUAUUUAUAAUAUUAUGCUGGUAAUGUCGCAUUAUAUUUUAAAUAAGACAAGUACCUACUUGAAGUUAUGUUCAUAAUCUAAUGACGGCCAAAUAAUCAGUUUUUAUCCAAACACAGUAAAACGAACACUAAACACAUUGCGUUCUUCGGUUGUUUUUUGAUGAAAUUGUUAUUAAACAACACAAUAUGAUACCUGCUAUGAUUUAUUGUGAUCACUAUGUUUCAAUAAUUAAUAUGUACAUUUAUAACGUAUAUUAUUUUGGAAUCUUGUAAUUUGCAUAACAGUUCGUCAUCGCGUUUUAAUUAAUAAUUAUUUUAUACAGACAAAUGUUCAACAUUAUUAUAUUCUUUCGAACUUUAUUAAUAUAAUACAUUUAUAGGUACGCUAACCACUUGAAUUUUGUACAGUUUUAAACUUUGAGGAAUAAACGUAAGUAACUAUUCCAUACUAUGUACCUAACAUCUUGGUGUCUUUUUACCGAAAAUCAAUAUUUAUUUUUUUAUCAAUAUAUCUAUUCGAUAAAUAUGAAUCCAAAUGUAUAUUAUUUAAUAAAACUGUUUAGUUAUUUGUCUCUAUGCAGAUAUUUUUAUUUUCUGAGUAUUAUACUUAACCCUAUUCGAUCUUAAGUAUUUACCUACCUGCCUGAGUAACGAUAUAAUAUUUUUAUUUACAUCAAAACAUUUAAAUUGAUAUUACAAUUACGUAUAACUUAAUUAAUUAAUACUGUUUUAAAUGUUGAUUAUUAUCAUUUCCGACAGUCCAUAUUUAUAUAAUCGUAAACACGCACUUAUCGUUAAAUUGAAUCAUUGUAUACGACACGGUUCAAUGUUUAAUCAUAUACAACCUUACUCGACCAGUAAGACUGAUAAACUGCAUAUGAAUACGAAUAUGACAAAUAGUAUACAAUAUACAUUACCUAUAAAGGUUAAUAAUAAUAAAAAUUUGUUUACUAUAAAACAGUCACAUAAACUACUUUAUCACUUGAAAAAAAAAAAAGUUUCAAACAUAAACAGCUAUAAGCUAACAUCAACACAACAUUUUUUUAAAGUUAUUUUAAAUUUAUCGUGGUUUCAUAAAAAAAAAUCGAAAUCUUUUUUAAUCUUAUGCAUUUAUCCGCAACCAUUUUAUUUAUUUUUUUAUGGUAGUUUAUCAAGAUUUUGAUAACAAGCGUCGAAAUUCGUGAAUUGAUAAAUGGCCACGGUCAUAACGGUUAGGUACUGUUCUAAUAUAAGUGUCUUAUUAUGAAUUGGAAUUGAAGUGGAACUUUGACUGAUAACUUCGUUUAUUAGUCCCCACGAUUCUAAAUCGCUAAUUCGUAGAACUCCCCUACUUUAAUUUUCUCAAUUUGAGCACUCUAUGUAAACAUAGGAUAUAUUGAUUUCAAUUAACAAUAUGUCAAUAUAUACCUAAAUAAAUUGCUACAUCGUAUAGGUUAUUGUUACUAGGUAAGUACUAAGGUUAUAGGUACAAAUAUUGUGAACUUGGCUCUUAUUUUGGAUAACCAGGCCCUUGUACAUUGAAUUUAAUGGGAGAUUUAUAUUUUGGAUCAUUUAACUCUUACAAUUUAUUGGUAUCGUUGUCGAUGAGUUGAUAUUUUUAAGGUAACCAGACGCAUUAUAAUAUUUGGCUGUCAAUAUUCUGGCCGAAAAAAGUUUUCUAAACAUGGAUAAUUUUCGACAGAGAUUAUGUUUUUGCGCGCCAACAGAUUCUGACGUUUUAUUAGACCGAGAAAGAAAGAACGUAAGACCUACCAAUUUAUAUACAUGAAAGUAUGAGAAAUAAAAACAAAUUUUCAAAAAUUGUUUGUUUUUCGCUUUAGCAAUUUCAAGAUUUAAUUGUGUUUUUCGGUACUGACAAAAUCGGAAACAUGGUUUUAUUAUGCAUUAAUCAAAAUCAUAAUUUUAAACAGUCAAAUUCUUUAAUAUACAUUCGGGAUCAUAACGGACUCGAGUUCACCAACAAAGGUAAAAUUUGAAUACCACAGCUAUUAUAAAGUUAUAGUAAACAAAUAGGUAGGAACCCACCAAUAUUAUUUCUUAGGUAAUUUUUUUUUUUUUUUUUUGUAGAAUCUAAUAAUGGAUUUUACGAGUUUUCGAGUUGGAAAACUUCUAGUCUACAAUUCCAGUGUAUAGUGCCCAUGCAAACGUGGAGAAUUGUCUUCAGUGGUCGUAUGAGGUUAGAAAGAGCUCGUCAAAAAUAAAUAAUCAAAAUUAUAUAUUCCUACGUGCAGUAUCAAUUAUUUUAAUGUCUAUUCUGUUUUGUUUUUGCGUAUUAUAGUAACCGCGGAAAUAAUCAUCAUGUGAAAAUACAUUUGUUGUAAGUUACUUAUUUAUUAACAAAUAUUUGUAUGUAAGGAAAACAAUAGGUAAACUCGAAUAUUUAAAAUUUGAAAUAUAUAGGUGAGUAAGAUUCGCAAAUUGUUAGACAUAAGUAGAUAGUAAGUUAUGUUGCGGAUAGGGUAUCUACUAUGACGGAGCGGCGUGGAGUUUUGUUUUUUAGAUAAAGAUAUAAGACGUUCUUGUACUUUAUUUUUUCUAAUUUGUUUUUAUCACAUCUAAUGAUAUAAAGUGUCGCACAUACGCAUACCCACCUAUAAUUAGUAAUUUUGUCAUGACUCGACCGCUUCAUGGGAUUCAUGCUGUUAUAUUGACUGUUUAUAAAGAAAAUGUACAUAUACAAAUUAAUAAUAGUUUAGCUGUAAAAAUUGUAUUAAUUCAAAUGACACAUUAUAAAUUACCUACGCUCGUCAUAAAAAUAUAAAUAUCUAGACAGGUAAUGGCGCCUAUCAUAAUUCUAUAGGAGUGACGCUCUACAAGUGUUAUUAUAUCGUUCGAAUCAUAAUUUAUUUGCGUAAACCAUUAUAAUAUAAUGGUAAUAUUAUUAUACUUAUCUUUAUUAAACAUUUUUUUUUUCUACUCGAUAUACGUGUAAUAGGUAUUUACUAGCGAAUUUUUAUUUUUAGUUCACCAAUUUGCUAUUACUUGUGAUUGUCAUAAAAAAAAUAUUGAAAUUAUUACGUAAAAUAAUUCCAACAAUACUUACGUAUAUUUAUUUAAUAGGUAUACUUAAUAGAUAGGUAUUUUUGGUUUACAAAUAAAAAAAACAUGUAGGAACGUACCUACUUUCGAUAGUUGAGCUAUUAAAACAAUAACUAUUUAAAAAUAUACGUAUUUGGAGUAAAGUUUAAAUUGCAGUGUUAUAUACUUACAUGGAACUCCCCACACACGUAGUACCCGCAAAAAAAAAAAUCGGUCGAAAAAUUAAAAAAUGUUACGAAGACAAUUUUCUUUUAAAUCUGCUAUAUUUACAAAUAACUGUAGAGGUGUGCAUUUAAUGGGUCGCUGUAAAUUGAUCCACAUUUUUAAAUUUUUGUGGAAAUUAGGGCACGGAUAUAUUUUAUACGUAAGUAAAUUAUUGUCUGGUUAUAUUUUGUAUAUUUUAUGGUUAAAUAUUUUUUAUUCAUACGUAAAUUUAUUACGUCUACGACUUCUUUUGCAAAAUCAAUAUUUUCCUUCCAAUUUUUUAGACCUAGGACUGGCAAUAUAAUUCUGUAUUAUUUAAUAUUGGUAUGGUUAAAAAUAUUUGUUUUUCUGUUUUUUGUUUAUAAUUGAAAAUGUAUUAUUAACAAUUAGUAAUAAAGUAUAUCGGGUAAAAAUUGCUAUGAUUAAAAAAGCACAAGUAAAAAUGUGUAUUAUUCAAAAUUUGUAAUUAAGAAACUGGUAACAAUUUAUGAGAUAAUGUAUUUUUUUUUUCAAUUGAAUAUAAAUAAACGUCAUGAAAAGCGAAAGCCUAAAAGGAAUAAAACGUUGAAUAUGGUUGAUGGAUUUAAAUUUUGCUUUCACAAAUUGCUAAAAUAUUAAUACAAUUAUAUUGCCAGUCCUAAGUCUGAAAAAUGGGAAGGAAAAUAGGUAUUGAUUUUUUAAAAAAAGUCUUACGUAAUUUACGUAUGUAUAAAAUAUACCUGUGUCGCAAUUUACAAAGUAUAUAAUUAUGACUUUUUUUUAGAAUGCAAUUAACCGACUCUGUAUUUAAUUCACUAAAAGACCUUUAAAAAAAAACAAUCACAACUUAAAAGAACACCUGUGUACAACAGAGUUUCGUUGCUUGAGUAAAAUCCUCCGAUUUUUUUUUAUUAUAAAAAUAUUCUUUGUAAAACAAUAAAUAAUCGAAUACUAAAAUAUUACAAUACUGUCAAUUUCAAUACUGUAAGUGCUGUACGUCUGUACAACCUUCUAAAAUAUAUGAUAGGGGCAGGGGUUGACAGUUGAAACCCCUCAAAAGGCACAUCCUUGACACUAAUAUAAUAAUAUACCUAAUAUAACGCAAUAUGUUGCUCAAGGGCGUUAUUUUUUUUUAAGUUGCGAUUAUUUUGUUGUGAACUAAAUGCUUUUUUUUAAAAGGUUUAUACAUUAAUUACUCACAACCCUAUAAAUAAGUAGGUAAAUCUAAACAUGUUGAAAAUGAAUAUUAAUCGUUGAUUUAAUUUGUAUUAUUAUUAGGUGGAAACCGUUUGGAUUUCCGGUGUACUGCGAUAAAAAUAAUAUGUUCUUCAAAAACGAAAUCGACGACGUCGACGAAAACAUGUAAAAAAUAUAGUAUUAUUUGCUUUUAAUUUGUUGAAAUGUGUAUACACUAUACAUACAGGUUCAUUUUAUGUUUCGAAUUUUAAUUUAUAUAAUUUCAGUACUCGACAUUUAUUAGGAUUCGAUCAGUUCGGUCGGAUUUCCGGUGUGGUAGUUGUGGACGGUAAAACGGAAACGACGAUCAACACUCGUGCAAUAAAGUUAAGACGUUGGAACAUGUCAACAGACGAUACUGUAUUUUUCGGAAUUACAGACAGCUGUAGUGUUUGUUCAGUACAGAAAUUGGACAGAUUGUAUAUAAUUAUUAAUUAUGUUGAUAGUGUAUAACAGUGGCGUAUUUAUGAUUUUAUCGAGGAGAGAGAGAGAGAGUGAGACAGAAAGAUGUCGAAUUUGGAAAUAUAAUUGUGCUUAAAUACCUAAGUAAAAAAAAAGAAAAAGAAAUUAAGAUCGUUGUAAGUACAUUAUAGGUAUCUAUACUUCCGAUGUAUCGAUAUACAUCGGAAGUAAUGCCUCAGCAGUGAGAAGUUGGAAAUGUACCUUUAGGAUAUAGAAGGGAAUUGUAUUUAUAUUUGUACGCAUAGAUAAACCGUUAUUAACGAAAAACAAUUCGAAGCAAAGUUCCUUUUAUACAUGCACGUACAUUUUUCCAUUUUUCCUACGUUUUUUGUAUCAUGAAAACCGCUUAGAAAAUCAAAAAAAGAGAAGACCAAUGUUGUUAGAAAAAUGAUUAUUGCAAUAUUAAAAAGGCCUAAAAAUAUGUUUUAUUUUUAAUUUCUCGAAAUUGAUUAAAAAUGAGAUUGGCUUUUUUGACCCAAGCCAAAGAAUUAUACUAACACAUUUUUAAUUUCUCUGACAAAAAAGUUAAGAAAUUUGAAUUUAAAUUGAAUACAUGCCUCGCUCCGUUCAGAAUAUGACAUAGGUUUUCAUAUAUGUAUAAAUAAUUGAUUAAUAAUAAAUAGGUAUAGGCACUAAAAAAAAGUGUGACUUCAAUAGUGUACAAAAUUAGAGAAAAUAAAGAAUCUGAGAUGACUUGUGUAUGUCACUAGGAGAAAGGAGGAAUCAGAAACAGUGAGAAUUAUUGUAAUGAAAAUAUACGUUGUCGGAAAUAUAGGAAGACGAAGACCGAAACAUAGAUGGUAGGACACGAUUGAUAAUAAUACGAGGACAACCGGUGUAUGCGAGGACGAUGUGGUGGAUCUAGUCAAGGGGAAGUUUAGCACGAGUUUGUCCGAUUCAAAAUAUAGUUGGGACGAAGGCGAAGGGGAAGACGAAUAAUACUAAAAAAAAGUUAUCUAUCUACCUAAUUUCCCAUCCUCCCCUUAAAUACGCCAUUAUUUUGUAAAGAUAUUGGAACAACAUUAACGGUUUUGUAAUUAGUGAAUUACCUAUAGAAUAUACUGUCGCGGUCAUUUAAAAACGAGUUCGGAACACGAAAUACUGACGGACAGCGAUAUAGAUUUCUCACGCGCAGAAAACGACAAUCCGAUUAUUUCUAUACAACGUCGAAGUAAACAUAUAUUAUUAUAGUACAAAUAAUUUUACGUUUUUUUGUUUUUUUUUUAAUGUAUAUUUUUAAGCUAAAAUAUAAAUUUUAUAUACCUACCAACUGUUACUACUGUUAUGAUGCAUAGGUAUUAAUUUCGAUUUAAAUACAAAUGUAAAAAAUCGAUCGCUGCCGGUCGUGCUAAAUGGCAUAUUAUCAAUCAAAACGGUUUUCGGAGACGACUUUCGCGGAAUUCUUUUGUGCUUCAGGUAAAAUUGUAUUCUUUAACGAAAACGCUUAUAUUAUAUAGUAAUGCCAUUAUUAAAACGACUUUUGGUACAUUUCAAUAAUUUUAUUUGUAUAUUUGAGAAUAAUGUUUAUUAUUGUCUUAUUAAAAAUAUAUUGUAAUAUAUCUGCAUGCAGUGCCGUACCUAGCACAAGGCGUUAGAAAAAUUUACCGAUGAAUGAGCAAAAAAAAAAAAAAUUAAACCUGUUCGUUCACUCAUAUACGUUUGUUAAUGACAAAUAUUCAAUUACAGAACUUUUUAAAAAUUUUAUUUGCGCCCCUGUGGUCAUUUCUCGAGCCCCCCUAGGCACGGCCCUGUUCGCAUGUUGCGCUGUCUCCGUCUUACCACACGCCCGCCAAAAUUACGGUACAUAAAACAUAAAUUGCGUUUAGUUUGUAAUUUAUUUACAGCUUUCGGAAAUACAGCUUUCCUGUUGAUAUCUGUGUUAAAACAAUAAAUUCGAAUAAUUUCAACUUGAACGCCACAAUAUUGAUGUUGUAUAAGUAACGUAAUUUCGCUCUGUCGCUCGUUGGUUAGAUUGAGACAGUAAAUGCGGGUAUCGGAUAUAAUCUUAAUUUUAUUGUUGGUAUAAUAACUUGUAACCCGUAACUAAACUUUACUGUAUAUUCAUAAGUUUCGGAACAGUAUAAUUUACGGAAAUAUCGGGAAUUGUUAAUUAUAGUAUAGGUAUUUAAUACUGAUUACGUUUUGUUGUUGCAAAUGUAAUGUACUAGAGAACCGCAGAAAAACAACGUAAAACCGAAAUUCGGACAAAUGUCCGCGAAGAUCGACGCCGAUUUCAAUUCGAUCGUGAAUUUAGAUUCUGAAGUAUGCAAGCGUAGUGAUAUAGUAGGAAACAAAGCCAAGUCCUUGCAUUUGUUGAAAAAAGCCAUUUCCGAGGGUCUGAUUAAACAGGUUAGUUUCGUAGUGAAUAAACUAUAGGUACCUAUAUAACUUAUUAGUAUAGGUACCUGAUGUGCUACAUAUUAUACGUCUUAUUACGUUACACAUAAAUUAUAAAAUUUUCACCAUUCAUUAAGUAUUAUAAUUUUAUAUUUUAUUUUUUGGAAAAAAGGCUGUCGUUCCGAACGGCAUUUGCGUUACGGCGUUCGCACUGAAAAAUCAUAUAAACGAAAAUGAAAAUUUGUUGAACGAUUUAUACGGCGCUAUCGAAAUAGCGAAGAAGAACGAUUUCGGAAAGUUGUCGGAUUAUUGUGAACGGUAUUAUACAAUAAUAAGAACAGAAUAUAUUUUAUUUUCGAUUUAUGUACAAGAAAUCGUCCGUCGUAAAUUUGUACGCGCAAUAUCAAUUGAACAGCCGAGUGAAAAAAUAAUAAUAUUCUUAAACACCCAGCUUUAGGGAAAUUAAAAAAAAAAAUAAACAGUUUAUUUCCUUAGAUUUUAUUUCAAUAAAAUACUCGUCUGUACAACGUACACUCAAUAUUUAAACUUGUUGAAAAUGGAAUACUAUCUUUUUACGCUCAUUAUAUUAGUACAAACUAAUAUAAUCUUUCAGCUACAAACUAGCUGUUUCGGUUUAUUUUUCGUAAUUUUUGGGAUAUUAUCCUUUUUUCACUCGGUGGUUCAAUUGCAGACUGAAAAAUCGGUGGUUAUCGUCGAAAAUAGACGCCCGACUGUUGGCAGCGCUUUCGAAUAACGGCGUUCUCAAACCCGGUGGCGUGUACGCCGUCCGAUCGUCCGGAACUUUUGAAGACGGAGAAUCGACAUCAUCAGCCGGCCAGUACGUUACCAAGCUCGGCUGUGCCGGCCGUUUGGACGAAGUGACAGCAGCGAUUUUGGAAUGUUGGUCGUCGAACUUUUCAGCACGGGCUCUAACAUAUCGAAGGUACGUUUAAAGCUUCGUCGUCUAGGCUAUACGGCCCUGCAGUGGCGUGGUUAUAAUUUCCUUCUAGGCGAGAGAAGGGGGGCGUAUAAUGUGUUAGAAAAAAGUCGUUUGUGCCCCCCGCCCCCCGUAAGAUCUGCAGUGUUUUAAAUUCUGAGCGUACCAAAGAAGUUAUUUAUUUUACUAAGACUUGUCUUUUCUAAACUGGUUUUGUUAGUUACCGUAUAAUUUUUUUUUAUUCCGAUGGACUAAUUACAUAGAGUUCGGGUAUAGUUUGAACAACGUGCCAACGCAUCCAAAUCGAAUCAGCAAAUUUGAUAAUGUUGAUGUUCGUGUGCCUUGGCCGAAUAGUCUGGACGACCCGCUAUCGAUUCACCUCGAAAAUAUAAUGCGCUUUUACAUCAGUAAUAUUGUUGUUGUUGUUCACUUGUCCAUUCAGGAACAACGGACAACCUUUGAUGGGCGACAUGGCCGUUGUCGUACAGGUCCAAGUGAACGGCCAAGUUGCCGGCGUUGCUUUCACUAGGGACCCGAACACCGGGGAUCCCGAGAAAAUUACCAUAGCAGCGACCCACGGCCCUGGUGAAGUAAGUCAUAAUAUGUUUCCACUUACCUGUGAUCGCGACCGGUUUUCCAUAUAGACGAGGUACGGUGAGUUCGGCAUAUUGUAGUGUUGUUAUACAGGGUGUCGUUUCGGGAUCGGUCGAAGCGGACACGGUGGUGAUGUCAAGGCAACAACUGUUGGCAACGGUCGACGAUGAUUCCAUCGUUACAAACAUCGGAGACUUGAUCACGACGCAGAGUAAACACAAAUGAUGCAUUCAAUCGCGUUACAUAUUCCGUUAUACAGGGUGUUCCAGAAAAGAACGGCUAACUCUACGGAGUGGUACUUUAUGUGUGACCAUAAGAAUAGGUUUUAUAGGAUUUUUUUUUUAUAAUGUCAAAACUUUGGUUUUAUUGGUUUUAAUUGUAUCCAUAUAAAAUAAAAAUAAGCUACGCCAGUGAAUUUCUUGGAAAAUUCUCUUAAAAAAUAUUGGGUCACAUGAUUUUUUCCAAAAAUAUUCAUUAUCACCGCUAUGUUUGCAAACAUGUCCAAAAUAGUAAUUUUGGUGCGACAUAAGAAUUUAUAGGUUCACUUGUCAGAGAUUUUGAUAGAAUAUAUUAUUUUUUAUUUAAGUGCUAAUUUAUUAUUUAAUGAUCCUAUUAGAAAAAUACAACUAAUUUGAUUGUAAAAUCAUAAUAAAUAUUUAAAUUCAGUUGUUUUUAUUGAAUUAUAUUAUUAUUAUUAGCUACAAACAAAUUAUAUGAGUAACUAUUCAACUACAUUACGUCCGUUAAUUUAAAUGCAUUUAAGAAGGUGUUGAUAGAAUGACCUCCAAAUAUUUUCUGAGUUCGUAUUAUUUUUUUUGAUACAUUAGUUAUACGCUCGUUGAGCUGUUCCGUAUAGGCAAUUUCUUGAUCAUAAACUGUUUGGAGAACGGAAGUCAUUCCAUCAACGACUCCUUAAAUGUAUUGAAGUUUACAGAGGUCAUGUUGAACAGUUACUCAAAUAAUUUGUUUGUAGCUAAUAAUAAUAAUAAUCAAAUUGAAUAAAAACAACUGGAUUUGAGAAAAAUUAUGUUUUUACAUUCAAAUUAGUCGUAUUUUUCUGAUGGAAUCAUUAAAUUAGAGCUUAAAUAAAAUAUAAUUGAUUCCAAUCGGAAUCCAUGACUAAUGUACAUACAAAUGCAUGUAUCAUACCAAAAUUACGGUUUUGGAUACAAUAAGCCAAAAAUAGCAGUGAUAAUGGUUAUUUUUAAAAAAAAUCGAGUGACCCCUUAUUUGGUAACUCAGUAAGAGAGUUCCAAAAAAACGUGUCACAUUUUUCUCCAGGACACCCUGUAUACAAUAUAUACCGAGUUAAUUCGAACUAUUUCGAACAUCUGCAGGUUUCGGUGUAAAAAACGACGAGUGCAAUGCGCGGUUAAGAACUUCGGACGAUUUGAUGAAAAAUUUGGCCAAGUUGUGUGUCCAAGUGGAAGACGUGUUCGGAUCACCGCAAGACAUAGAAUGGGCGGCUGACGAAGUAGGUUUUUUGUUAUUGUUGCGUUGUUUUUAUUAUUUAAAAAAAAGUUUUUUUUAAAUUACUUAUGAUUUGUUUGUAUAUUAACAGGAUCGAAUUUACUUACUCCAGUCGAGACCGAUCACAUCUAUAUUCGCUUGGAAUAAUGACGAAAUCGCGCGAGAAUUCGAUACGCCGUUUAUGGACGAUGAUGUAGCGAUGUUUUACAACGUGAAGUUAGACUGAACAAUAUACCUAUAUGAUCGCGAGCAUUCAUUGCUAAGUAAUUUGAUGAUAAUGUUUAUGUCGAAUUUCAGAGAAGUCUAUCCAAAUCCCGUACACCCGUUGUCGUUAACUUUGGAUUUUUUUUCGGCGUACCCGUUGUUCAAAAUUAUCGAAGGAGAGCCCACUGAUAUCUACCGCAGCAAACAGUUGUGUUACACUCAUUACAACUUGUGUUUAAACGUUUGCCAGGUAGGAUAUUACUCGGGGUAUUUGAUGGAUUGACAAUAUUUCAGUAGUGUCUUUGAAAAAAUUAAUUAUAACGUUGAUUUGUUUAUUAAUAUGUAUAUUAUAUCUAUAUUAAAGAUGUUUCAAGAUUUAGAACCUAGCAGCGUGUACGUGAAUAUAAUCGAGUACUCGAUUGCUGGUAAAUCUUUCUUGACGAGUGACAUUUGGGAGAAAAUAUUAUUGAAAAAUCGCAGUUCUGCAUUGAAAAAAUUUUUGAAAUCUAUUUCUACGUUUAAGGUACCUAUCCGUUUAAAUUAGUAAAUAAACAUGCAUCGUAAAUUGUAAUGAUUAUACAAACGUGCUUCAGGAAAUAUUAUACCUCGAAUCACGUUUAGUGGAAAUACAUCGGUUGAUUUGCGGAGUAAAUUUGAACCAGUCAGAUUCGGUGUUGGAUCUUUUAAACAAAAUCGACGGAGCCGUGGACGUGUUGGAAAAGGUCUUCAAUAAAUUUAAAAUAUAUUCUUUAACACAUAUUGGAAAUAAUAAAUUACCUACUUAUGUGCAGGGUCGGAUUUAACAUUUUUUUACCCGAGGGAAAAUAUAAAAUUGGUGCCCAUUUUAGGUUCUGAGUGGAACAAGGAAUGUAUUGGUUUGUUUAUUAUUAUUUUUUUUUUAUCUGUGAACAACUUUUUUACCAGAAAUUUUCCUCCGAUUUACAAUGAUAGCAUUUUUUCUGAAAAGAAAUCUGACUGGGAUGGUACUUUAGGGAUGUAAUUUUUAGAUUUUUCCAGUAUCAAUCGUUAUUUUUUAAGUUUUUGAUAUUAUGUUUAUGUCAAUUAUUGUACUAAGAAUUUUGUCCAACGCGAUUAACAGACAUAUAAAUGAAAAUGUAUUUAUUGCUUUUAUCAAGUUUUUAGCAUCAACGUUAAAUUCAGCAGAUAAUGCUUUUCGAUUUAAUAAAACAAACACUUUAAUGACAUAAAACAAUUGUAAGUUUAAUGCUUUGAUUGAUUUCUGAUUUGAAGACCAUCUUGUAGUACUGUAACCCUUUAAAUAUAAAUGAAGGUUAUCCAUUAAAAUAUCCCAGUUUUAGAUAGAACUACAAAAAAAAAAAUUAAAUAAUUUUUGUAUGAUUCCAAAAAACGUUUCUAUGAAUGAAUAAAAACUGUUAAUAUAUCCAAUUACUAUUUGGUAAUUUAGCGCCUCCUGACCAAGACUUCCGGGGAAGGGCCCGGUCCACCCCCUCUCCUAGAUCCGGCCCGACUUAAGUGUGUACGUUUACUUAAUGUUACAGUAUGUUAUAAGUUCCAUGACAUUUGUAUUUUAAUACCAUAUUUAUAGGUCACAUUUUGUCACAUGGCAUCGAGUUCAAACAACAUUGUAUCACAUACUCUAUUGGCGACAUUAGGAAUUGGUUUUAAUAAAGGUAAUUUCAAAAGUUCAAACGUAUAAAACUAAAUCAUGCAAACCAUAUUGAUGUUUCAAAUUUUCAGACUCAAAAAUAGAAACUUUAUCGGAUUUAGCUUCCUCGGUACAUACACCGGACAUAAUAAACGUUUCGAUACUCAACGAUAUACAGGUAAGAAUUGAUAAUAAUGUUUUUUCAAUUAAUAGUCUAAAAAUAAUAUAUUAAUACUUAAAUACCUAUUAUUUUAGGCCAUUACUAGUGUUAUAUCUGAAAUGCCUACCAAAAAAGAAUUUUGCGAUUUACCUGUAGAGAAUUGUUAUGAUUGGUUGAAAUAUAAUUGUCAAAAAGCCUACGGUCAAGUGGAGGAUUUUCUUAAUAAAUAUGGACACCGUGGCGUUCAAGAGGUUUGAUCUAUUAUUUAUUCUUAAGUAAGAUAGUAGAAUAUCUUCUACUAGGCGUAGGUACCUAUAUUAUCUAUAGGCUACUAAUUUUUAAUUGUUAUUUGUUAUUAAUAAAAUAAUAUAGUUAUUUGUAUUUGUAUUUUUUUAUGUUUAAUAAACAUUGUUGAUUAAUGAUUAGUGAUAACAAUCCUAUAAUAUAGUUACAUAGGUACGAUGAUAGUGGCAUUUAACAAUAUGAAUUAGGAAAAUUGGAUAGUACAUUUUUGUAUGUACUUAAAAAAAUAUAUUAUUAAACUUAUAGUUAAAUUUAAAAAAUUAUGGAUUUGAAGAGAAUUGCAUUAAAAAAAAAAAAGGUUUUAAGAAAUUUAAUGUAUGAAUUGAAUAGAGAUAUAUUACAAUAGGAGAAAAAAGAAAGUUAAAAUAUUUGGGGGGAAUCGAAUUGAGAGACGAACAAGAAACCCGUGAACUGAAUUUGUAUAUGACUGGUGAAUAUUAAACAGAUUUAUUUUUUCUGAGAUUAGUUUAGGUACAAAAAAAAAUGUCACUUACUUAAUAGUUUUCAAAUACGGUAACUACAAUUUUUUUUUUUAAACUUAUCUAUUCGGUGUUUUUUUCAAUUUUAGUUAGAUUUUGGUUCUGAAACAUGGUCAUCUGAUCCUACUCGGUUAUUCUCGUGCCUUCAAUCGUUAAUAUUAUCUGAUCGUCGUCAAUCCCCCGAAAAACCAACAGACAGCGAUUCCAGCGAAGUUGAUAACAGAGGAUAUAUCAAGAAGUAAUAAUUAUACUACUUCACGAUAAUUUUGUAUACUUAGUCAAGUAUUAUUGAUGAAACGAACUGUGUGUUUUUCAUUAGAAUGUUAUUCGAUUACUUGUUAAAGAGAUACCGUCAAAGUAUUUCAUACAGAGAACAAUCAAAAGAUAUGUUGGUACAGAUUACCCAGAAACUGAGAUUGGGAUAUCUAAAACUCGGCGAUAAACUGGUGGAAAAUGGAAAAAUACCAGAUUCGAAAUUGAUAUUCUUCAUGUCUCAGUACGAAGUAAGAAAUAUUUGCGAUCAAAACUAUCCCGAAAUUGUACACAAGUGAGUAAAAUGGUUGUGUAUAUAUGAGGGGGUUGAAGCGGUUAGGCGGUGUAAGUUACAUUAAUUUUGAAGUUAACAAAACUACCUGUUCGUUCUGUACAAAUAUUGUGCUGGCAUCUAGGUGAAAUGAUUGUUAGUUAUGAAUUAUGACUUAAUUCACUUUGCUUAUCGAACAAUUGAACUUUCAAGAAAUGUGUAAAGUAUUUAAAUAAAUUUUAACGAAAACGUGACUUACAUUACUAUGGCUUUAACCCUCUCACAUAUGUACUCGUAUAAGUGUUCUUUAUAUCGUUGGGUUAUAAUAAUAAUAAUAAAGUCUAACGAAAUUUGCACGUUAAAAAUGUUUGUACGUAUAAUUGGUAAUACAUUCAGAAUUCGUUUGGUUUUAGAGCGACGAAAAGACGAAAAUUAUGGCCUACAUUGGGCUCGUUGCAAUUCGACGACGUAUGUUGUGGGCCACCGGUUCCUAUUACAAACUACACGGACGUGGUAGGUUGAUUUUUUCCGUCUAUCUAUUUUAAUUUAACGCGCCACGAUUAAUAAUACUAUUCAAUUGCAUUUCGCAUCCAUAAUGUGUAUUAUAUAUGUAUAUAAUAUACAGGAAUCGAUUAACAGUUCGAUACAAUUAAACGGUUGUUGCGUGUUUCCUGGUCGGGUAAAAAACCGAGCGUGUGUAUUGGAGCACAUCGAAGAUGCGCAUUGCUUGCGGGCGGGAGACAUUUUGAUCGUGAAAUCCAUCGAUAUAGCAUGGUCGCCGUAUUUUCCGAUUAUUUCCGGAUUGGUCACGGAAAUCGGUGGUAUAAUAUCACACGGUAUGCGGUAUACACGUAUAUAUAUAUAAAAAAAAUUAAUAACUGUAUAUAAUAAUUAUACAUCUGUUAAUUUUUUUUUUUUAAUUACGAAUCCACGCAAUAUUGAUUAACGUAUAGGUAUUAUCACGAAUGUAUAUAGGGGCCGUUGUCGCCAGAGAAUACGGAUUACCUUGUCUUGUCGGAGUGCGAAACGCCAAAAAACAUUUCAAAACGGGUAAGAAAAAAAUUUAAAAAACGAUUGAUACUUUGGGAUUUGAAAUGACGUCAUCAUCUUAUUUUGAUUUUAGGCGAUACGAUAAUUCUAGAUUCCGAAAAAGGAUUUGUAAUUAAAGAUGUUAUGACAAAUCAUUGAUCACAUUUAUCACAAUAUUUUAUUUAUAUCGUAUCAUCAAUUUAAAUAGAAAAUAAAAUAAAUUUAAAACAAUACAAAAAGUGAAAAGAAUAUAAGAUUAUAAAUAAUAAUUAAUAUUAAUUAAAUAUAUACAGAAAAUAAAAAUAUAAUUUACCAAGGUACUUUAAACGGUAUACUAUAAUAUCAUUAUAAUAAUAUAAUAUAAAUUUAUGUUUUUAAGUUCUUCGUUAUCCAAUUCAUGAAACUCGUUACUCUGGUGUAUACUCCGGGAUACUGACCUUUACCGCAACCUAUUCCCCAACUGACAAUACCUACCUGGGUCCACUUACCGUCGUUAAGCAUCAAAGGGCCUCCGCUGUCACCC